AUGGAACAGGAGGACGAGCAUGGACUAUUGGGGACGUUGUGCGAACAGCUGCACGAUCAAGGCGGAACGCGGGAAGGUGCAGAAUUGGACACCAAGAAUAAAGCGAUAUGCGAACUAGCACUGAGAGAAUUGCAUUUUAAGCACAGAAUCCCAUUAACUGUGGCCGCCGCGGACUCAAGGAAAACGGGAAACAUGCAGGAUACAGUGGAAUCCUACAUGAGGUGCAUUCUGGUAAAUAUAUUUAUGAAAAGGAUAAUGGGACAGAAGUGUGUAAAGACCGCAGGCGGGAAAACUGCGUUUAAAGCCGCGGAGGCGCUGGUAAAAGACGCAGCAAAUAGACAACCAAAUAUGGCCUGUGAGAGGGAUGAUAUGAAGGAUAAAAGUGCGAGACGGGGAGAACCAGGGGAAUGGGACUCAUGGACAAUAAUGGAACGGUGGUUUGAUAGGAAUACGACAAAAUUGAAUGAUGGCAACGAGGGCGUCUUGGGGAAAGAUUGUAAAGUACAGUUAAACCACACCCGGAACAGCCAGAAGCAGGAAGUGAUGACAGCGUUAAAGGAGAAAGUACAGCACGAAAUGAACGUUGUGGAGGAGCAGAUAAAGACGCGCAUACAAGAAUUAAAGACAGACAUGGACAACUCUGCGAGAGGUCAAGGUAUAGGGAACAUAUUAACACAAAAGGCACAACAGGAAAACGACAAGGAGACACGUCCAAGGCAGGAACAGUCGACACCACCUGCAGAACGCCCGGCCACACCAGCACCAGCCAAGCCGAACAGCGGCGGCGCCGCUGCCAAACCAGUAGCGGCGACACCGGGACCGGGAACAAACACGGCACAACCAGGAGUAGGAGAGGAUUGUCCAUGGAUGAGCGUAAUGGAUAGAGGGCAUAGGGCACUUCACGUGAUUGUUAGAUAUAGUAGUGAACAACUGCAGGCAUUGAAGACAGUGUUGCAGGAGUUUGCUGAUUAUAUGGACAAGAAUAAAGAGCACAUGGAUACGUGGGGUACAAACUGUGAAAAUUAUGGUUGGGAUGAUUUCGGACAGUAG